AUGGAUAAGUAAAACUUUUACUUGAAUCAUUUCUUUAUUGAUAAAAACAAUAAAUCAAAUACAUUUUGGGAUAAAGAUUUUAGAAAAUUGAUUUAAAAUGAAAGUAAUUUCAUACUAAACAAUGAUAAUUGCAUAUGUUUAUAUAAAAAGGGAAAAUAUUUCAAUAAAUUCAUUCCUAGAUACUAUACAGUCUAAGGAACUUAUUUGUUUUAUGGAGAUAAAGUAUUAUAAGAAGAUAUAUAAUCCUGUAGGACUUAAAAGGAUUUAAAAAAUUAGAAAAUGUGUAUUUAUCAACUUCAAUUGAAAAGACUUCCUAUCCAUAUUAAAUUGAACUUAUGUAUAACCAUAAUUAGAUUAUAUUAUAUUCAAAUUCUGAAUAGGAUUUCAAUUGUUUUAAGUCAUAGUUGGAGUAAUUCUGCAUCUUAAUUGGAUUUCAUAAUCAAUACUCUAUCAUCAAUUAGAUAGGUUUUGGAUCCACUGCUCAAGUAAUAUAUAAUUUAUUCAAGGUCUUUAUCUCUAAAUCUUUAAAUGAUAAUUCUCACUAUGCAAUAAAAAGAAUUCGAAAAAAUUCUAAACUGAAUCCUCAAUUUCUAAUGGAAGAAAUUUAAGUGAUGAAUGAUUUAUCUCAUCCAAAUAUUAUAAAGUUAUACCGAGUAUUCGAAACUAAUAGUAUUUAAAAGUAAUAUCUACAUUUUAGGACAUAUUAAUAUGGUAUUACAAUUAGUGGAAGGUGGAGAAUUAUUGAAAAAUUAAAGAUAUAGCAUUCGGGAUGCUAGAAUAAUAUUUAAAUAAUUGGCAGAAUGUGUAGAUUAUAUGCAUUAGAAAGGUGUAAUGCACAGAGAUUUAAAACCUUCGAACAUAUUAUGCAAAACUAAUUCUUUAGAUAUAGUUUUGGCUGAUUUUGGUCUUGCCACUUACAUUAAAGCUAAGUCUCACAUUUAUUAUAGAUGUGGUACUACUGGCUAUGUGGCUCCAGAAAUAUUGUAAUUUAAAGAAGGCAAUAAAAUGUAUUCAGAAAAAUGUGAUAUAUUUAGUCUUGGAGUAAUUUUGUAUUAAUUGUAUAUAAUAUUUGCUAUAUUAUAUUAGAGUAUAUAAUUAACAUCCAUUUAAAGAUGUUUAAAAAGAAAAGAUGCUUAAAAAUAACUUAUAUGUUGAAUAUAAAUUUGAUGAUACAAUUAAAAUACCUUAAAGUUGUAAAGAUCUUAUUUCCCUAAUGUUGAAACAAAAUCCUAAAUAAAGACCAUCUGCUGAGGAAAUUCUUAAACAUGAAUUCUUUAAUGAAUAAUUCUUUGAACAUUAAAAUCAAACUUUGACUUUAUUUGAACCUAAGUAUAAAAUGUUUAUUAUUUUUAGUUCUGAUUAGAAACGUUCAGGACCCUCCUUAAGCAGUUAUAAUGUUGAUAUGAAAUUUUCGACUCUCAAUAAUGGAUUUAAAUUAUUUGAAGAUGAAAUUGAUAAUGAUGAAGAACAUCAGAAUGCAGAUUUUAUAGAAACAUCACCUCUUUGGUCUAAAAGAAUAGAAUUAUAAAGAUGCUAAUCUUAUCGUUCUUAAGCCAGUUCUAUUAUUAUUUAGAGACAAUAAUCAUAAGAUUUUAAGACCAAAAAAUUGUCAAUAUUCAGAUCAGAAUUAAAAUAAUAGUCUCUAUAAGUUCUUUAACCCCAAAUGGAUAAAUCAAUUUGUGAAUCUUAAGAUUUCCAUUAAAUCCCAUACAUUUUCUAAAAUAAUAUGCUUUUGGUUCAUAAAAAAUAAUAUUAUUGA